UUGUAAUGCCUUCAGAUAACGAUUCAGACAUUGUACUGCGAAGAAGUUUAAGUAAUGCUCCCAAGAAAUGGAAACGAAUAAGAGCAAUAUCGUCUUCAGAUGAAUCAACUGAUACUGUGAAAGUGAAUUCGGAACCCCUACAAAUGGAAGAAAUCAACAUGAAAUCAAGAAAGAGGAGCCGAAAUCAACUUAAUUAUGCACAAAAUAUAAGAAAAAUGAAGAGAAAUAGUGGAGAGGAAUAUGAAACAAAAAAGUCUAAGCUUGUGAGUGGUAAACUUUUCGAACAUAAAGAUUGCCGUUGUUCCAAACAAUACACUUGCCAAAAGUGUGAUUCACUAAAACUAAAAAUAGAAGCAUCCAGUAACGAAGACGAGAAGUUGCAUCUUAUGGAAAUUCGUGAUUCACAUCUUAUCAGUGCCGAACAGGCCAGAAAAAGUUUAACAGAUGACAUACAAAAAGCAAAAGAUAACCCGAGUGAAUAUUACGCUUUCACAUUUGAUUUACAGAAAGCACUUGCGUAUCCAAAACUUUCUGUUUCGGUAGCUUAUUAUAAGCGCAACAUAAAGUUGGUUGCUGACAAUGAGUCGGAAUGA